GGUUGCUUGUGGCGUUCAUGUCCGAUGCACUUGCCCGAAAAGUCCAACAUGAUACAAACUGUCAAAUGACAAGCUGUCAAAAUUAUCGCAAAUAUAAUUCGUGAAAUACAUAUAAUUUAAUACGAUUUAUUAAUGGCAGCAAUUGAUAAAGUUAAAAUUAUUGUGAUAGGUGAUUCAGGUGUCGGUAAAACAUCAUUGACACAUUUAAUAUGCCAACAGCAACCCAUUGGCAAUCCUUCCUGGACUGUAGGUUGUUCAAUAGAAGUAAAGCUGCACGAAUAUAAAGAAGGGACACCCAAUCAAAGAAGAUACUUUAUCGAAUUAUGGGACAUUGGUGGCAGCCAAAAUCACAAAAACACAAGAUCUGUGUUUUAUAAUCCCACAAAUGGCAUAAUAUUAGUCCACGAUUUAACAAAUCGUAAAUCACAACAGAAUCUUCAGAAAUGGUUGGAAGAAGUUUUAAGUAAAGAUGGAACUUCUUCAAAAUCUAAAUCAUUUGAAGAUUUUGAUCCUGAGAAAUUUGUAGGCUCAACACAGAUUCCAAUUUUAGUUGUUGGUACAAAGUUCGAUUUAAUCUCAGAAUCCAAUUUCAUAAAAUCCAAUGUACACAGACGUUCUGCAACUAUUGCAGAAGAAUGUGGUGCCGAUGAAAUAUUUUUGGAUUGUCGCCAGAUAAGAUCUUUAGCAGCAGGCUCCAGUUCAUCUGUAAAACUUAGCAGAUUCUUUGAUAAAGUUAUUGAAAAACGUUAUUAUUCCUCCAGAGAGGCGAUUAGUCCUGAUAAGCGAAGGCCGCCACUCUACACUUCCUCACUAUAUCCAAAAUUUUAUCAUAAUGACUAAAUAUGCAAAGAAUAAUGUCUCGAGGGAAAUAUUUCUGUUCUAUAUCACAAAAUAAUCAAUUCUUGUGAUAUAAAGGAUUGUGGGAUUGCUUGGAUUAAGUAUUGCAAGGCUGUUGAUCUCGCACGUCUUAUCCACAUUCCUAAUCUUCCUAAUGGAAGCAUUUUACCAAAUGUGCUCAAAGAUGACUAUGUGAACAGUAUAGAUAAAAAUUAUUACUCGAAUAUUUUUCAUUUAUAUUGUAAAGAUAUUGUUAUAUGCAUAGUCAUUUUAUAAUGUAAAAAACAAUAAAUCUAUAAUCUAUUCUACAUGUGAAAAAGUAA